AUGGGAGUUCUUGCCCAGCAGUGCUUCAACCCUAACUGCCGAAGGAGGUCCCCUGGGGAUGGACCCACUUGCCGAUGGCACGUUCGAAACUACGGCUCUGAGGAAGAGCCGCAGAAUGUGACUCUCUGCAAUGCGUGCAAGAUCAACUUUGACCAGAGGAAGUACUGCCCUUACUGCGUCCAGAUCUACCGGGACAAGGACCCGGACAACUUUGACGGCAAAGAGUGGCGCGGCUGCGACACGCGCAGCUGCCGACGGUGGGUCCACGUUGAGUGCGAGGAGACGGCCGCCGGGGGACCGCUAAACCCUCGCGAGGUUUACAUCUGCCCCACGUGUCAGCAGAACAAGUGCGCGACGCGCAAGCGCGACAAGCGCCCUGCGCGCAGCUCGAUCAGCCCGCGCUCUUCGCUGCACUUUCCGGCGGCGUUCAGCAGCGACGAAGGAGGGAGCCGAGCGACCGGCGCCCAACGCGCGGACUCCGAAGAGUUCAACGAGUACAGCAAGAGGUCUCCCGGCGUCGACCUUUCCAAGCUCGAGGCGUCCUCUCUGAAGCGCUACAAGCGCACGUUCCGGCUGGUGGAGCCCCCGGCCGGGAAGGACAGCGAGCGGCUCAUCCCGGUCGUCGAGGAACACUUCGCGGCUCAGGUUGUUCAAGAAGCCGAGACCCUUCUCUCGUUUGCACAUUCGGUGAAGCUCAGGGCAGCCUGCCGAACACCCGCUGACGACGAAUAG